GAAAUCAGUUCUCGUUCAAACGCGACGCAGCGAGCAACAUGCAGCCGUUGCUCCUAGUGCUGGCCCUUUGUGCGGCCCAAGUUAGUGCCCUCUCUGUGGGCUCCCCAACCGACUACAACGACGACUACGACGAGGAUGCCAGGGCAGUGCCCUCAUGGCAGCCCGAACCGCUGAAGCCAGCCCCCUGGCAGGCGGAACCCCAAUAUGCGCAGCCCCAGGAAGCCGUGGUUCAAGUUCCCGAAGUCGGUCAGAUCUCGGGGAUUAGAAACUUCAAGACCAUUGCCAAUCGCCCGGUGAAUGCCUUCCUGGGUCUGCGGUACGCCAAAGUGGGAGGCGGUCUGGCCCGCUUCCAGGCAGCCCAACCAGCAGGAUUCCAGGGACGGGUUAGUGCCACCGUCAAGAGCCCCAACUGUGCCCAGUUUCCGGAGCUUGCCCGUCUGCGGGACUCUGAAUCCCGGGGCGAGAACGUCGACGACUGCCUCACCCUGGACAUCUACGCACCGGAAGGCGCCAGGCAACUGCCCGUUUUGGUCUUCGUUCACGGUGAAAUGCUGUUCGACGGCGGCUCCGAGGAGGCCCAGCCGGACUACGUCCUGGAGAAGGACGUGCUCCUGGUCUCGGUCAACUAUCGACUCGCUCCCUUCGGCUUCCUGAGCGCGCUGACCGACGAGCUGCCCGGAAACGUGGCCCUCUCGGAUCUGCACCUGGCCCUGGAAUGGCUGCAGCGCAACCUGGUCCACUUUGGCGGCAAUCCCGAACAGGUGACUCUGGUGGGGCAGGCGGGUGGUGCCACCCUGGCUCACGCCUUGACCCUCAGCGGACGGGCCACCAAACUCUUCCAGCGGCUCAUCCUGCAAUCGGGCACCGCCCUGAAUCCCUAUCUGAUUGACGAGGAUCCCCAGGAAACCCUCAACACCUUCGCAAGUCUCGCCCGCUGCCCAAGCCCCAGCUCCACUCCCCGAGGACUCGCGCCCCUGUACGACUGCCUCGGCCGGUUGUCCACCUCGCAGUUGGUGGCCGCCUUCGAGGAACUGCUGCUGAAGAACGAGGCGUACGGCCGCAGCCGCUUGGGCGGAUUCAAGCUGGUCGUCGGCGACGCCCUGGGCUAUCUAAAGAGCGACCCAUCCAUCCUGGCCAGGAACGGUAGCGUUACGCCGCCCCUGAUCAUCGGCGCCACCAAGGACGCCAGCUCCUUUAUCAUCUCGCGCAUCUACGACCAGAUCGCUCAUCUGCAGUCCCGCAAUGUGAGUGACUAUAUCGACGUGGUGCUGCGCCACACAGCGCCGGCGGGAGAGCACGCCAAAUGGAAGCAGUGGGCGCUUCGCGAGAUCUUCAGCCCGGAUCAGGAGCACACGGCCAGCCUGCAGACAGUGGCCAAUGGACUGCUGGAGCUGAGCAACUACAUCCUCUACCGUGCACCCGUGAUCAACACGGUCCGUGACCUCAAAGAACCGGCUUACCUGUACAUUUUUGACUAUCGCGGUCAGUACCACCGGUUCGGGCACCUGUCCAACCCUCUUCCCUUCGGAGUGGACGCCUCCCUCAGCGAUGACAGCGUGUACCUGUUCCCCUAUCCGCCGGAGGCCAGUCAACUGAAUCCCUUGGACAGGUCGCUGUCCCGCGCCUUGGUCACCAUGUGGGUGAACUUUGCCACUACUGGCGUACCCAACCCCAAUCCAGGCGUGUGGCCGCAGGCUACCAGCGAGUAUGGACCCGUCCUGCGUUUCACCAACUCUCGCCAAAACGCUCUCGAGCUGGAUCCGCACUUUGGCGAGGGCAUUUAUGUGCCCGGUCAUGGCUCACGGAGCCCUAAGCCAGUGAUCAUAGCUACACCCAACAAUGCACCGAUCACCACGACCACCACGACGACAACAACGACAACUACAAGGCGCCCCUACGCGGUCAAUCCAUAUGCCAAUUGGCAAAGCAGGCCAACCCAGCAGCAAAGCAAUUGGCAUCCUGCGGAUCCGGAGUAUGUCAGAGCUCAGGAAGCUCGUCAGCAACAGUUUAUCCGCGAGAGGGAGCAACGUUGGCGAGAGCAGCAGCAGCGUCGCCCUCCGCAGCAGUCACGCCAGGAGCAAGAAGCGCGUCAGCAACAAGAAGAAGAGCGUUUGCGUCAGCAGCGAGAGCAGGAAGAGCGAGUGCGUCAGCAGCAAGAGCAGGAAGAGCGAGUGCGACAGCAGCAAGAGCAGGAAGAGCGAGUGCGACAGCAGCAAGAGCAGGAAGAGCGGGUGCGUCAGCAUAAGGAACGAGAGCAGUAUGAACGAGAGAUGCAAGAGCGUGAACAGCGAGAGCAGCAAGAGCGUGAGGAGCGAGAACGAGAGGAGCGGGAACGAGAGGAGCGAGACCGAGAGCUGCAAGGACAAGAUCAACAGCCCGAUAAUGUUCCAGCGCCAGUAGAUGACGGUGACCGAUGGAGCUAUCCUAGCUACGAAGAUGAGCAGCAGCAGCGAGAGCAGCAAGAACGCGAGGAACGAGAGCGCGAGCAACAAGAACGCGAGCAACAAGAACGCGAGCAACAAGAACGCGAACAACAAGAACGCGAGCAAGGGGCACCUGAAGAAAAUCCAGAUGAUGGUCGGCUACCAUAUCCAUCAUACGAUCAGUUUAGCCGCGACGACAACGAAAAUCCUUCCGAGUCUGAAUCGGGUAACAACUACAACGAGGAACAAGACCGCGAGGAGCAACAGCAGGAGCAACUGCGUCGAGAGCAGCAAGAGCGAGACUAUCGCUUGCAGCAAGAGCGCGAGCAGCAAGAACGAGAUCGGGAUAAUCAGCCGGGAGACAACCCUGAAGACCAGCAGGCCUAUGAAGAUUAUGUUAGAGCUCAGGAAGCGAAGAACGCUGAGGAGCGACUUUACGCCGAGGAGCAGGAGCGCGAGCGUCAGCGACAAGAGCAAUUGCAUCAGGAGCGGCACCAGCAGCCGGAGGAGCCCCAGCCAGAUGAACGUCAGCCCUAUCCGAGCUAUGAAGCCUACGAGCCCGAUCGCAACUACGCCGAGGAGCAGGAGCGCGAGCAACAGCGAAGGGAUCAGGUGGACCAGGAAAGAGACCAACAGCCUGGCGAGGACCAAGGGGAGGAGGAAGCUGAUCAGGACGAACUCAAGGUCGAGGACUUCCCCACCUAUGAGGCCUACCUGGAGGCAGCAACCAAGCUACGUGAGAAGCAGGAGGAAGCCGAGCGGUUGGAGGACGAGCGGUAUAGGGCCCAACAGGAGGAGGAGGACCGCCUCGAGGCAGAGAGGCAACGCAAUUCUCUUCGUCAAUUUUCGCAACUGAGAAACCUUAUCAACGGUCCGCAGCACGUUAAGCUCCUGCCCAGACAACAGUAGAUGAUACCAUUUUGUAUAAUAAUCUUCUUAUUUCAAAAUAUACAAAUUAUAUUUCAAAA